GGUCCUAAUAGAUGGGAAAUGCAUUUGACAGGGCCUUUCACUGUGAUAUACCAGUGACUGGCCAAACAUUUGCUGCAUUUUACUUUCUGUUGAUUAAACUUUCUAUUAUCAAUAAGAAAUAGAAUAUUUCAAAGGAUAAGUAUGCUUGCAAGACAUUGCAAGUAGUGAAAAAGUUCCUUCCAGUGUAGUGUAGUAUGUACUCCCAAGUAUGUCAUACACCAAGCAAGGUGGAAUGUGCCCACAAGUCAAAAUCUGGAUCUCUAUGGCAACCACGGACAGCAGAGACAUUCUAGACCCUCUCCAUGCCCCUUCCAAAUGAAUGAUCUCACUCUCCCCACCCAUGCCCAGAAUUUGUUUCAGCUUCUUGGACACAAGAUCCUGCCCUGGACAGGAAGCCGGUGCACAUGAGCAAGAGAGACAGGUUACACUUCAUUUUCAUGGUAGCAUUCAAAUAGCAUUAUCUUGUGUUUUCUCAUCUUGCCGUAGGUACCUCACAUGUUGAUGAUUCGUCCAUGAGUUUGAAGGAGAACACAUCAGAGGUGACUGAAUUCAUUCUCAUGGGGCUCACAGAUGCCGUUGAGCUACAGGUCCCUUUAUUUUUAAUCUUCACAUUCAUUUACUUUAACACUCUGGUUAGAAACCUGGGGAUGAUCAUGCUGAUACUGUUAGACUCCCGUCUCCACAGCCCCAUGUACUUUUUCCUCAGUAACCUCUCCCUGGUGGACUGUGUUUAUGCUUCAGCGGUCACUCCCAAGGUGAUUGUGGGGUUCCUCACAGGAGAUAAGAUCAUCUCCUACAAUGCCUGUGCUGCCCAGAUGUUCUUCUUUGUAGCCUUUGAAGUUAUUGAAAGUUUCCUCCUGGCUUUGAUGGCCUUUGACCGCCAUGCAGCAGUGUGUAAACCCCUGCAUUACACCACCACCAUGACAAGUACUAUGUGUGCUCUACUGAUCAUUGGCUCCUAUGGCUGUGGACUCUUGCAGUCUUCCAUCCUUCUUGCUUUGACUUUCCACCUCUCCUUCUGUCAUUCCAAUGUGGUUAAUCAAUUUUUCUGUGACAUCCCACCACUGCUGGCUCUCUCUUGCUCUGAUACCUACACAGAUGAGAUUGUGCUCUUCACCUUAGCAGCUUGCAAUGUCUUUUUUACUCUUUUGGUCAUCUUGAACUCUUACCUGUUCAUUUUUAUUGCUAUCCUGAGAAUGCACUCAGCUGAGGGAAGAAAGAAGGCCUUUUCCACCUGUGCUUCCCACCUCACCACUGUCUCUGUUCUCUAUGGGACAAUCAUCUUCAUGUACUUACAGCCAAGUUCCAGUCAUCCCAUGGACACAGACAAAGUGGCAUCUGUGUUCUAUACUAUGAUCAUCCCCACACUGAACCCUCUUGUUUACAGCCUGAGGAACAAGGAAGUCAAGAACGCAUUCAAAAAGGUUGCUGAAAAAGUAAAGUCUUCACUGGGCUGAGCCUCUUAAUGAGAAGUAACAUGCCAACCAUGUAAAGUUUCUACUGGACCUCUACCCUGCUACCAUUGAGACAAUUCUAACUCAUGGCAACUCCAUGUGUGUCAAUGUAGAACUGUACUCCAUAGGGUUUUCAGUGGUUGUAAGUUCAACUCUUUUCUUUAAUAUC